AUGGCAGAUUCGAACAAUGCCUUAGACCAAUCCUUUACCCCAUAUAUCAGAUGGCUUCGAUCCAGAAUGCUCCGUGAUUCACUCGACGCGGCGUUUGUCCAACCUCUUCAUCAAUUCAAUUGGUCGCCGCUUCCAUCAUCACAAUCAUCGAUGCCCAUCACCAACUCAUGUCCACCGAUCGAUGAUCGCCACCAUCGCCAUCACCGUUUGCAAUCGUUGCUGCCACUGAUUAAUUCUGACUGCCAGCUCGUUAUCGCCCAGAUUGCUGCUGCCGCCGAUUGCUUCCGUCAGUCGUGGCCCCACUCGUCGGUUUCUGCCGUUGUUUUGUCCGCUGACCUGCUUCCUUCAGUCCGCCGCCACAAUUGUUUGCUGCUGUCGCCGUUCGCUGUUGCUGCUGAUCACCACCAUCGGACCUUUCUUCCACUUGCUGUCAUCAUCGGGCGCUCCAGUUCCUAGCAACUACAACCGAUUGCUCCAUUGUUCGUCGUCGACUGCUUCGAAGGCUGAAAUACAUUACCAAUUCCAGCGAUUGGUUUUCCUGAUUGCUGCCACUGUUUUGUUUGUUAUUUUCGGCCACCUCGCCCGCUUCAAUCAAGUUCGUCCCGGCUGCUGAAGUCGAAGCCCUCCGUUCACUUUCUUGCUAUUGCGCACAUCGCCGCCAUCAUCCUUCUGCCGAAAUUGAGUUCUCGAACCUUGCUUUCCAUCAUUACCGAACACUUUGAGCUGUCAUUGGAGGGUAGCUUAUGUCUGCAAUCAGUCUUGAUUCUCUGCAAUGGCUAAUAUUCUACUUCACACAACCUUUGGCGAAUGGAGCUAAUCAUCUUGAAGAUCUCUAUAUUUUCAGGGAAGUGUUGCUCUUCAUUUUUAUAUCUUUUGCUACAUUGCGGACAAUGUAUGUUCUAAGUGUGGGGGGAAUUUUAGGUGUUCUUGUCUGUUU